UGUGCUUGCCACCAGCGCCAUUUGCCAGUGUUGAUGUUUGGUACCUUGUGUGUGUGCCACAAACCACAGACCGUAUCUGGGGCCUGGUUCUUUGACAGCCUUGACGGUCACAAGGCAUGCUACAUUCAUCUGACGGUCUUCAUCAUGGGUAUAGCUGGUCUGAGGAGACUGGGGGUGGUGCAGGUAAACGUACAAAGAUGUACCACUCCACCCCAACGGCAACAACCCAGCCGAGCUCAAUGAGUACCUGGGACAUCGACGGUGGCCUUGCUGCCGACUUCGAUGGCUCGCUGUCUGGCCUUGGCACAGAGCUGGGUACAGCCAGUUACAAUAUGAGUGAGGCUUUGCUUGCACUACCAGUCUUCAAGCAGGAAAAUCUUGAAAAUGGGUUUCAAUAUAUUCUUGGAGCCGCGACCUCCCCAGCUGUGAAAAUGAAUGAGGAAACUUUGACUUACUUGAAUCAAGGCCAGUCCUAUGAAAUCAAACUGAAAAAACUGGGAGACUUGUCCGAACUUCAAGGCAAGUUCCUGAGGAGUAUUGUGAAAGUUUUAUUUCAUGACCGGAGGCUGCAGUUCAUGGAGAAAGAGCAGAUUGAUUCGUGGAAGCAGAUGAGGCCCGGGGAGCGUAUCUUAGACAUUGACAUUCCCUUGUCCUAUGGACUUGUCAAUGUGAAUAUCGACCCGGUACGGCUUCACCAGCUGGAGUUCAUCUGGGACCCAACGAAAGAGACGGGUGUGUACGUACGCGUUCACUGCAUCUCCACAGAGUUCACGGCCAAGAAACAUGGAGGAGAGAAGGGCGUGCCGUUCAGAAUACAGAUGGAGACCUACUCCAACACGGAUGAGUCCAAACUCCUGCACGCUGCUUCCUGUCAGAUUAAGGUAUUCAAGCCCAAGGGAGCAGAUCGAAAGCACAAAACUGACCGAGAAAAGAUGGAAAAGAGGUCAGAGCAGGAGAAGGAAAAAUAUCAACCAUCUUAUGAGUGCACGGUUCUGACUGAGGUUCCAAGAGACCAGAUCAUGCAGACUAAUUCCAGUUUCAACAAAAGCCAGUCUCUGUCCAGUAGUUUUGCCGAGCUGAACUGCACUGCCUCUCCAAGCCCUUCCCUCAGCCCCCCACAGCUGGUCAACCCUCAAUCUGCUUCCCUCCCUUUCACGCAGACUCAAACCUCAGAACCCACCGAUGUACUGGCUGGGCCUCUCUCAUCAGAUGCACAGGCUUCCGAAGUAGCCCAGUGGCUUCACUAUCAUCGCUUCUCCAACUACGUACGGGUAUUCCAGAGCUUCUCUGGAGCAGAUUUAUUGCGGCUGAGUCGAGACGAUCUUAUUCAGAUCUGUGGCCUGGCGGACGGAAUACGAUUAGACAACGCGCUGCAGGCACGGAGUAUACGGCCACGUCUGUCCAUUUAUAUAUGUCAGGAACCCGAGUCCAUUUACCACGCUGUGUACAUGGACUCUCUCACCCUGGAGGAGUUCAAGGCCAAACUCUCGUCCCUAUUUGGCAUUCAGACCCAACAGAUCGGGGACAUCUACAUGCAGGGGCCCUCACAGAUCCACAUUCUUCUCACGGAUGAGGUGAUUCAGAAUACACAAGAUCAAGCUCGCUUUGUUGUGGAAGGAAUGAAAGAUGAAAGUGGUGACAAGUACAAAAUUCUCCUUAAAACCGUCGGAGAUCGAUAGUGAAGCGCAGCACGGGAGACUGUUGAGGGAAACCAGGCAAAAGUUGGGUCUGCCGACGUGGAUCAACGCUGUAUGAACAGAGAAACAGAUACUGUGUGUGUGUGUGUGUGUUGGGGGGGGGGGAGGGGAGAGAGAGAGAGAGAG